AUGUACGAAGAAUUUGGUGCUAAGUUACAUUCGCUGGAAGCUGCUUUAUCAGAACUCCAAAGAAUUGAUACUAAAGUUCGCAGUGAUCUUGAUCACAGGAAGCAAAGCUUAAACAGUGAAGAGAAAAAGCAUAAAGAAUUGAUUAAAAUCAUGCAGGAGGAAUUUAAAGCAUUCACAUCAAAGGAGAAGGAACUAAAAAAGAUAAAAGAAGAACUAAAUAGUUUACAGGAGGAAAGUAAAAAAGAUACAGAAGCUUUAGCCACAGCACAACAGCAUUUUAAUGCUGUAUCUGCUGGCCUGUCUAGCAAUGACAGUGGUCAAGGAACUUCUCUUGCUGACCAGAUGAUGACCUGCAAAAAUGAGAUUAGCAAAGCAACAACAGAGGCUAAACAGGCCCAAAUGAAGUUGAAAUAUGCUCAGCAGGAGCUAAAAACAAAACAAGCUGAAGUUAAAAAGAUGGAUGGAAACUACAAGGAAGACCAGGAGGCAUUUGAAGCUAUCAGAAAAACAAAAGAAAAACUACAAGAUCAAAUGGAAAAGUUGAAAUAUGAAGAAGCUGAACAAGAAGCCCAUCUAGCAAAAAAGAAGGAAUUGAGUUCUGAAAUCAGUCAUCUGACAGAAUUGUGUGAAAGUAUAACAGCACAGCAUCCUCAUCUACGGUUUGAAUACAAAAAUCCAGAAAAAAAUUGGAAUCCGAACUAUGUGAAAGGCCUUGUUGUAACUCUUAUCACCGUGAAAGACAUAACCACAUCAAAAGCCCUAGAAGCAGUAGCUGGGGGAAAACUCUAUAACAUUGUUGUGGACACAGAGGCUACUGGCAAAAAGAUUUUAGAAAAGGGUCAACUAAAGCAUCGGUACACCAUCAUUCCACUAAGCAAAAUUUCAGCCAAGUGUAUUGGAGAUGAGAUUAUCUCACUGGCCAAAAAUCUGGUUGGUCAUCAUGAAGUAAAUAUAGCCAUUUCUCUUAUUGAUUAUAACUGUAAACUACAGAAGGCAAUGGAAUAUGUCUUUGGGACAGCACUGGUCUGUAGCAAUAUGGAUAAUGCUAAGAAAGUGUCCUUUGACAGAAGGAUAAUGAGGAGAACUGUUACACUUCAAGGAGACAUAUUUGACCCCCAGGGAACCCUUACUGGAGGUGCAAGCUCAAAUAUUACACCUAUUUUAUCUAAACUUAAAACAAUGAGAGAAGCUGAAGACAAAAUCAAAAUAAAGAAGUCUCAGCUUGAAGAAGUAGAGAAAGAGCUAGCAAACUUAAAGAAUGUGGCUGAAAAGUACCAGCAGCUGAAGCAGCAGUGGGAGAUGAAGUCUGAAGAGGCAGAGCUACUGCAAACUAAGAUUCAUCAAAGUGCUUAUCACAAACAACAGGAAGACCUGCUUGCUCUGAAGAAAACUAUUGUGGAGUGUGAAGAGACAUUAAAGAAAGCUGAAGAGAGCCAAAAGAAAGCUGAAGAAGAUUAUAAAGCAUUAGAGAAUAAAAUGAAAAAUGCAGAAGGAGAACGUGAAAAGGAAAUAAAAAAUGCCCAGCAGAAACUAGAUAGCGCCAAGAAGAAAGCAGAUGAUUCAAACAGAAAAAUGAAAGAAAAGCAGCAGGAAGUUGAAGCAUUAGUUCUGGAACUUGAACAGCUGAAACAAGAACAAGCCUCGUAUAAGCAACAGAUUGAGGCGGCACAACAAGCAAUCGUGUCCUUCAAGGAGCAAAUUGAUGCUUUGGCAACUGAAGCAUUUCAGACAAGGGAAUCUCUAAAGAACGCAGAGAAUGAACUGAUGAAGCAGAAGGGAUUAAUGGCAGAGCAAACUAAAGAUAUUAAAACCAAAUCUGCAGAGAUAGAGAAAUACAGAGAGCAAAAUAAUGAAUUGCAACUUAACAUGAAUGCACUAGAACAUGACAUCAGCAAGUAUCAACAAGAGACUGCUGAUGCUUCUUCCACGUUGGACAAACUGCUGAAAGAGUAUAAGUGGAUAGCUUCAGAAAAAGAGCAUUUUGGCCAGCCAGACACAAGUUAUGAUUUUGAAGCCAGCAAUCCUAAAGAAGCAGGUCAGAAGCUGCAGAAACUGCUGACAAAAAAGGAGAAGCUGGAGAAGUCCUUGAACAUGAGAGCUAUGAAUUUGCUUUCUGAGGCAGAGGAGAAGUAUAACGACUUAAUGAAGAAAAGGAGAAUUGUGGAGAAUGACAAAAUAAAAAUUCUUGCAACUAUUGAAGAGCUUGACCGAAAGAAAAAUAAAGCUUUACACAUUGCUUGGGAAAAGGUGAACAAAGACUUUGGUUCCAUCUUCUCGAUGCUUCUACCAGGAGCCAAAGCCAUGUUAGUUCCAUCUAAAAAGCAAAAUAUCCUGGAUGGUCUGGAGUUCAGGGUUGGCUUAGGAAACAUCUGGAAGGAAAACUUAACAGAACUUAGUGGAGGUCAAAGAUCACUGGUGGCCUUGUCCUUGAUCUUAGCCAUCCUUCUCUUCAAACCUGCUCCAAUUUACAUCUUGGAUGAAGUGGAUGCUGCUCUUGACCUUUCUCAUACCCAGAAUAUUGGACAGAUGCUUGAUGCUCAUUUCAAACAAUCCCAGUUCCUUGUGGUGUCCUUGAAGGAUGGAAUGUUUAACAAUGCCAAUGUCCUCUACAGAACCAAGUUUGUUGAUGGUAUAAGCACAAUUUCAAGACACUGUCAGUUAAAAAAAAAAGCAGCCACUGAAUGAAACUAGUAAUAACAAAGUUGAGUAACAAACAACACAGUAAUGGUGACUCAAGCAUUCUGUGCUCCUUGGUAGUAGGAAGCCUGAGAAUCACCUUUUUAAAAAAAAAUCAUUAUUUUUAUCUUGAUUCUAUUGAAUAAGUCAUAGUUUUUAGCUUUUUAAAUAACUCCCAUUCAUGGCAGCUUACUGGAGUCUUUCUGUCAGAAAGGUGUGAUGAAUGAAGCUUGCAGCAUAUAUAGUUUUCAGGAAACCUACUGCAAACUAAGAUACUGCAUUCAGCUUUUGCUGUAAAUUGAAGUGAUGUAUGAAUAUGUAAGUUAGUGUAAGCUUUAAGCUGCUUAACCUAAUUAUUUGUGAGAAGUACGGUGGGCAACUUUUUUAACUGCCAAUUUUUAGUUGCUUGCUAAUGGAUUUAAUAAAUUUUAAACAGAAAACUUU